GCCGCUUUCCCCUUUGACCUCCCCGGUGUGGUGGUGGAGCAGCGUGUGCCGAGGCCUCGUUCGCUCGUUCCAGGUCCGAAAGCGUCGAGUGCGGAGCGGGGGAGAGGCCCGCGGUCCAGCCAUGAGCGCCAUCGAGCAGAUGAGGGCCAAUGUGGGGAAGCUGCUGAAAGGCAUCGACCGGUAUAACCCUGAGAAUCUCUCAACGUUGGAACGCUAUGUGGAGACACAGGCCAGGGAGAACGCAUAUGAUCUGGAAGCCAAUCUGGCAGUUCUUAAGCUGUAUCAGUUCAAUCCCGCUUUCUUCCAGACCACCGUCACUGCACAGAUCUUGCUGAAAGCGCUGACGAACCUGCCACACACAGAUUUCACACUCUGUAAAUGUAUGAUUGACCAGACGCAUCAAGAGGAGCGACCGAUCCAACAGAUCCUGAAUCUCGGCGAUCUGCUGGAGACCUGUCACUUCCAGGACUUCUGGCGCAACCUGGAAGAAAACUCUGAGCUGAUUGAUGGCAUAACGAGCUUUGAAGAUUCAGUACGAAAAUUUAUCUGUCAUGUCGUUGGAAUCACUUAUCAAACAAUUGAGAAAUGGCUGCUGGCUGAAAUGUUAGGAGAUCUGACAGAUACACAAUUGCAAGUUUGGAUGAGUAAAUACGGCUGGACUGAGGCCGUACCGGACAAAAUCUUCAUCUGCAAUCAAGAAGAAAGUAUCAAACCCAAAAACAUUGUGGAAAAGAUAGAUUUUGACAGUGUGGCUAGCAUCAUGGCGUCAUCACAGUGAGCUCCUGCUAUUUCAAACUUCCAGUCAUUUUUUGUUUUCUGACCAAAAUGCUAUUUCUAUAAUUCUUGUCAAUAAAAUUAUUGAAAUUA